AUAAAACACUUAUACCGAUCCACUCGAAUGUUCUAUACAGGUGGAUCUCUCCUUCUGUACAUAAGCUUAGCAAGACAGUUGUUUGCCAAGUCCGUGUAAGACGAAUCAAGCAUGUCGAGGUUAAGAAAUUUCCCUUGGAAUUUUCACGCCCUCCUUCUAUUUGUUUUACUGGGACAGCACGCGUAUGUUUUGUGCAAGUUCAGUUAUUCCUUUAAGUUGGAUGAACAUGGACUAUACACACCGGGUGAAACCUAUAAUACAUCGUGUUAUGUUGAAGCGUCGGGCAAUGACAGCGUGUCAGAUGUGGAUGUUUACUUGAGUUUUGGGAAUUCAAACUACUGCCACAACGGACAGAUAGGAUCAGCAAAUAGAAGCCAAAGCUGUUCCGAGGCGUCAACCGCGAACAGGAUAACCUACUCACUUUCUCUACCUGACCUUAGAGUCACUGACAGUGGCAUGUAUUCCUGUAAAAUAAACAACAGGACCACCGGAGCACACAAACUGUCCAUCCAUCAGAAUAUAAGCGUUGUUGACCCGGCUAGUAUAACAACUCAUCAACAACUGACAACUCAAGAUGAUGGCACUGGAGGUUCCAUGUCAAUUCAUUCCCAGACAUUCUCACCACUUCUUUUUAUCUUGGCAUUCUUGGCUCUUUACCUGUAUAAGGAUAAAUGAAUAAACUCAAUUCUAUUAUAUAUCACAAAAAGAAAGCAAUUUAUUGCGAAACCAUAUCGAAAGGAAUAACUAAUGUUUAAAUAAAAUUUAAAGUUGAAAUUAAAAAAAAACUA